UGGAGUCCCUCGCUGAGAUUUCGGCGUCACGAACCACGUAUACGUACUCAUCAGACUCACGACUCCCCGCGACUGACCCUUCAAUCUUGGCGAUUGACUCUGACUCUUUGACUCACGGCGGACCGUGCCGUAGCCCACGCACACGCGGUCUCAUAUCCUGCGAGCCGUCUCUCUCAUCUUUGGCGCAAUCCAAUUAGCAGGUCAAACCGAUUCGCUUUGGCACCAGAGUCAUUCCCUAGCAUCCUUCCAAAAUAGCGCUCAUCGCCACCCUCGCGCGCGCGCGCACAAGGAGCGAGCUCGACGGCAUUCAAAGGUGCACGACAGUUAAGGCAGAUCGUCACUCGAGAUCAAGAGGAAUCACGCGAGUCACCAGCAGUGCGCAGGUAGUCUGAGCACACUGGAGCGCGAGUCAGGUAUCGGAUCCUAGCAGAGUCGGCUCCAAAUCGCUAAUUGUUCUCUGCACUCCUGACUCUCACCACAACCAACAUGUUGUUGCCGGCACGACGAUCAAGCCGCCAAAGUCCUCGCUCAGCCACAUUUACAUGGCUGCUGCUAUGCUUGACGACGCUGUGCCUGCUCAGCCACCUGGGUGGAGUCGCAGCAUACCAGGUCAAAUUGGAUUCGUUGGAUCCGCUGCUUCAAACAUGCUCCGGCAUGUGGCCAGGCAGCAAUACCAGCGUGGAGCUUCAGUUGAACGCUACCAGCAACAUGGGAACCGUCGCCACCAUCGUCUAUGAUUACAAGGAUUUCGAUAGGCUCGGCAAGACAAGCGAGGGAAAGGAUGCCUUUGGUACGAGGAUGCGCACGUAUGUUUGUACUGCGCCUGCAGUCAAUGCCGGUCUCUGCUCCUUGGAGGAGCAAGGAAACUUUUUGGUGGAUGGCGACAUCAAUGGAACUUCAAUCGUUCGCAAUCGCGUCGACUUGGAGCAGGGCAAAGUCAAGAGCGUCGUGUACCCCGUCACAAAGAUGGGCUACUAUUGCGUUGGUGCGGCUGCCGUGCCCCUCUCCUCAACCACGCCGGAUGGAAGUCGAGAGGAUGCCAAAUUUGCAGGCAGGAUCUUCUUCCACAACUCUUUCGAGGGCAAUCUGCCAGCGGGCGAGUGGCCCAAGCUUCAGUUCUACUUUGCCCUUACAUGCGCAUACAUCCUGCUUGGUGCCUACUGGGGCUACCUCUGCGUCAAGCAUAGGGACGACUUGUUGAUGGUGCAGUACUUUAUCUCUGGUCUGUUGGGCCUGAUGGUCGUGUCGACAGCAGCCACGUGGGGCUAUCAGCGGUUCUUGAACACGCACCUCAUAGACUUUUGGAGCAUCAGCAGUCUGGAGGGAAAGAGCAGCGUGACUGGCACUGCGCGCUUCUUGCUCGUACUCACAUCCGUGCUGGACGCUACAAAGACUUCGGCUUCAUUGGCCAUUCUGCUCUGCGUCAGCAUGGGACUGAGCGUCGUCAGACCGUCCAUCGGUCCAGUCAUGCGGCGCGUUCAAAUUUUGACGGGCAUACACUUUGUCUGCGGCGUGCUCUACAGCGUGGGCAUUGUCCUCAUCCUCAUCGACUCGGGAGGCGCAUUCAUUUUCCUCUUCAUCUUUCCGCUGGCUUUCACGCUCAGCACAUUCAUGAUGUGGACACUGCACGCGCUCAACGGCACCAUUGAGCACUUGACGGCGCGCAAACAGACUUUCAAAAAGAACAUGUUCACCAAGCUGUAUCGCAUCUUGCUGGGCGCCGUUGUUGCCAUUGGCAUCUUCUUUGUAAUGUCCUCUGUAGCCUUUGCUCGCGUGGGCGGCGAGUCGGCAGCAGAAGCGUGGCCUUACAGGUGGCUGCUCAUGGACGGUUGGCUCGGCUCGCUCUACUUUGUCGUCUUUUCUGCGAUUGCGUACGUUUGGAGGCCGACCGGGUCCAAUGCGCGUCUCAGCAUGAGCGACGAGUUGGCGCAGGAUGAUGACUUGGAAGCAGAGGGCUACGAAGUGUCCGAAUUUGGUCCGCACCACGAAGAUGAGGAGGAGGAAGGGUCUGCCAAGCCAGCUCGACAGCAAGUCAGAUCUGGACCGGGCGGAGGGGGAGGCGCGGGCGGCGUGCAAGAGUCGUCGACCAUGUUUGCGGUGACGAAUUCGGACGAUGAGGAAGAGGAUGGAGGAGCUACGCCGAGAGGCGAUCGGAGGUCCACCUCAGUCAGCGCACGCGGAGAGAGGGAAGGUCUGAUGAGCGGGGAUGCGGCGGAGGAGGAGGAGGAGGAGGAUAAUAAAAGGCGGUCAUGAGAAAGUGAUGAAAGCGAAUGUGAUUAGAGGAGAGGAGAGGGUGGCGUGAUACGAGUCAAGGGGCGCGGCGGCGCGGCUGUCAGCACGACG